AGAAUACAUAUUGAGAAAAUGAAUACAAGAUUGUUAAAUACAAGAUAAUUUGGGAGUGAAGGUACAAGUAUUUAGAGAUCAGGAAAGACUUCAUGUAGAAGAAAGAUAUUCUAUGGGAUAUAAGGAAGAAAGGAAUUCUAUAAGGUAAAAUGAUAAGGGGGUACAUUCCAAGCAUGAGGUCAGACCAGUGCAAAGGCAUAAAAAAAAAGAGAUAUGUGAAUAUACAGAGGGAAGAUCCGUUUAGCUGGAGUACAUUGUGCAGAAGGAAGAACAAUGUCCAGUGAAACUGAAAAAGUAGGUAAGUGAACAGCUGUGAAAAGUUAAACAGAAGAGUUUAUAUCAUGUCCUAGAGGAAACAGGGAACAGAGUUAAUUAAAGGAUAAACAUGGUCAGAUCUAUAUUUAAGGAAAAUAACUUUGGGGUCAGUGUAUAGAAUGGAAUGAAGUGGUGGAGGCUUAAGGCAUUAAAAAACAGUUGUAAUAAUCUAAUUGAGAAGUGAUAAGAGCUUACAAUGUGAGUUAAGAUAUGGACCUCCCUAGUAGCUUCUUGUGGGAAAGGAUUGUCUCGCUUUUGUAUUUGUAUCUUCACCUUUUAUCACAGUGGCUGUUACAAAGUAGGUACUCAAUAAGUGCUUGUUGAUCGACUGAUCCAAUUUCCCUUCUUCCUCUCCCAAUUCUGAAGUUUAAGGGGAAAGGACAAGACAGAAACAAUAAGAUAGUAGUAGUCCAUUAUGUAAUCUAGAACACACUGAGAAAGAAUACUAGAAAUUUAUUAUUAUUUUGUGUGUGCUUUUGUUAUAUAAGCUAAGUGAAGUAGGUGGGUAGAAGCAAAUUUGCAUCAUAAAAAACUGCAUUACAUAGCAUGAACUGUCUGUGAUUAGAUUUCAACCUCUCUUCCCAUAGAGUAAAGAAGCUUCAAAACUGGCUUUUCCCUCACUGCUUUGCCCCUUCAUAUCAGAGAUGUAAGCAGAGAACAAUGGCUGUUUCUGAAAGGCUUCAAAGGCAAAGGCUGUUUUGGUUUUCCUUUGUAGUCUUAAUACAGUGCCUGUGCUAAGAGAAAGAAAGAACUUUUUGGAGAUCCAGAAUUUCAUAAUGGUGAGAGGACAUAAUAUGGAUAAUUACAAUUACCAAGCCAACCAGAAAUAAAUUCUAUUCAAGGUGCCAGAAUCUAAUGGAUGAAAUUUAUUGGAAUGGAAACUAAAUUUGUUGAAGAGAAGCAGGUACCCUCUUUUUCUGUACUUGCCAACAAUCCAAGGCCAUCAAAAGAUACAAAGAAUGGAGAAUCAGAUAGUCACCUUGGAGUGCCUAUCAUUCCUUGGCAAUCUGAAUCUCAUCCAAAAGAUCUUUGCUCUAUUCCACAGAUACCAAAGCAAAAUGAAUCAUCCUCAACUUACAUCCAGGUGCCCAGCUACCUGGAUAUUACUAAUGAAUCUAAAAGACAUUUCUUUAGGGAUUCACUAUAUCCUACUUCAACUACAGCUGAAGAUUAUUUUUUUCCUCUCAGGAUACACCCCUCAUUAAAUCUUUCAAAUGAGAAAUCUGAUGAUAAAGUAGAAAUUGUUCCUGGAAUAUAUAUCAUUAAGCAAAAACCCAGCACAAUUACUUUUUCCAACAAUGAAUGUUUAACCCCUGUCAUUGACAGUGACCUCCACAUCUGUAGAAUCAUUGAUACAGAAAUUUCUUCAUAUGAAUCUGUGGAGGAAGUAGAGGAAGGGAAUGAUGAAGCUUUCCCACAGCUGCCACUCUUGGAGACAUUUUUAAGAGAUAUUCAAACAAGAGAAGUCCCCCAUGGCAAACAAGAGGCACUUGGAUUUAUGAAGGAAAAACAUGCUUUUAAUGAAGGUGGUCCCUGUAAACAUUUGGGGAAAGAACCAAACAAAGAGGAAAACAAAGAAAAAGCAAUCAGCAAGAUGAAACAACCGGAGGGUUCAGAGUGGUCAGACUCUAUGGCCUGUGUCAUGAAGAAGUUAGAGCAACUAAAUUUAGAUAUUGAAGAAGCUCUCAGUGCUGGCUCUUCCCCUUCUCAUACUCCUUCUUUCAAGAGGCGAAAACAGGACUCCAAAAAAGUGGAAAGUAUCCUUAAUAAAGAUCAUCAGAGCCAGAGACUUUGUAGAACUAAGGGGGAAAGUGCCCAGGAUCUAGAUUUGGCGCCAAACCCUAUGCCAACUGGAGCACGCCCAAAGAGGAAAGUGCUGCCUGACAAACAGAUCAAGGAGAGAGCUGGUAAGUCUAUUCUAUGACAUGUGCUUGUACUUUUGUUUU